GCAGACAGAAGAUAACCUUCAUGAUGAGAAAUAGAAGAUACAGUUUCCACAGAGAUGACACCUUUGAGAGGAAUUAUUGGGAAUACUGGAAUACUAUUACUUCAAUGAGUUGCUGACUUCAUGCUGUACGGAGCUUUAGAUAACACACAAGUCAAAGUGAAAGUAAGUCGAAAAGCCGUUGAGGAGGGAGUGGAACAUUAGCUGUCAGUUUUUCAUGAGUUUAGUUUCAUUCAGAGGAUGAUGGCUUCUUGUCCAGAGGAGGAUCUGUGCUGUUCUGUCUGCCAUGACAUCUACAAAAAUCCUGUGGUUCUGUCAUGCAGCCACAGCUUCUGUAAAACCUGUCUGCAGAGCUGGUGGAAGGAGAAACAGACCCAGGAGUGUCCAAUCUGUAAGAGAAGAUCUUCAAAGCAUGAACCGCCAUGCAACUUGGUUUUAAAGAACCUGUGCGAGGCCUUCUUACUGCAGAAACCUUCAUCAGACUCUGAGCCUCUUUGCAGCCUGCAUUCAGAAAAACUCAGACUGUUCUGUCUGGAUCAUCAGCAGCCAGCGUGUCUUGUCUGCCGGGACUCUAAAAAACACACCAACCACAAAUUCAGACCUGUGGAUGAAGCUGCACAAGGUCUCAGGGAAGAGCUCCAAAAGUCACUGAAGCCAUUAAAGCAAAAACUGCAGCAGAUUAAAAAAGUCAAAGAAAAGUGGAACCAAGCAGGACUACACACCCAGUCCCAGGCUGCAAACACAGAGAGGCAGAUAAAGGAGCAGUUUAAGAAGCUUCACCAGUUUCUAGAAGAGGAAGAGGAGGCCAGAAUCUCUGCUCUGAGGGAGGAAAAGGAGCAGAAGAUCCAAAGGAUGAAGGAGGAGAUGGAGGUUCUAAGUAGAGAGAUAGCAGCUCUUUCAGACACAGUCAAAGCCACAGAGGAUGACCUGAGAGCUGCAGACGUCUCAUUUCUGACAAACUACAAGACUGCAGUGGAAAGAGUCCAACAGCUCCCCCUGCUGGAGGGCCCACAGCUGCCAUCUGGAGCUCUGAUCAAUGUGGCCAAACAUCUUGGCAACCUGAGCUUCAACAUCUGGGACAAGAUGAAGGACAUGGUCUCCUACAGCCCUGUCAUUCUGGACCCAAACACUACUGGAUCAUACCUUGUCUUAUCUGAUGAUCUGACCUGCAUGAGACGAGGAGAGAGACAGCAGCUUCUUGAUAAUCCAGAGAGGGUUAAUAAUCUCUGGUCCAUCCUGGGCUCUGAGGGUUUUAACUCAGGGACUCACAGCUGGGACGUUGAGGUUGGAAAGAACUCUUGGUGGGAGGUGGCAGUGUGUGAGGAGUCUGCAGUCAGGAAGAGAGACGUAGAGUCAGGAUUAUGGAGAAUAGAGUUUUACAAAAACAAAUAUAAAGCAUACAGGGCAUCAGGAGAGCACACUGAUCUUUUAGUGGAAGGAUGGCCUCAGAUGAUCAGAGUGAGUCUGGACUGGGACAGAGGGAAGCUGUCAUUCUCUGAUCCUGACACUAACACGCACAUACACACCAUUAUGCACACGUUCACUGAAAAGCUCUUUCCAUACAUUUAUACUGGAGAUUUACAUCCUCUGAAGAUAUCACCAGCAAAGGUGUCUGUAACAGUGGAUCUCUAAAGACAGACGGUGAUAAUGACUGAUGAUGAUUUGACCCUGUUUAACCCAGCCUUUCUGAGACGCUAAUUGUGAUUAUUUCACAAUUAUUUAUGCAUAACAUUUUUUAUUUUUG